ACUAUGUAACUGAACUAGGGCGGGUAGUGGUCUUCUGUUUUGAAUGAAGAAAGGGAGGGACUUGCUUAUCGCCACCAGUCGCAGAACCAGAACCCUCCCUCAACCACCAUCUUCUCCGUUUCAAGAAGCAAUGCAAUCUUCUUCAUCUUCAUCUUCACCUUCAUCUUCUUCAGAUCGAUAUUCCUUCAACCCAACCCUGCAAUGGAACCCUCAACUCCACCACUACUUCCUCAAAGCCUAUGGCUCCCACCGCUUCUCUCUCAUCUCCGCCGCUCUAACGCGUCCUUCUCGCUACUCCUGUAUUCGCGUAAACUCCCUCAGGUCAACAACCGACGCUGUCAUCGAGAAGCUGCGCUCGCUCGUGAACCAGCAACCGCCGUCGAACGCCGAGGAUGAGGUGGUGAACCCGUUGAAGGACUGUGACGGUUCUGCUGCUGCUCCUUUUUCCAAAUGCCGCAUUCCUGGCCUAGAUUACGUUGUGUUUGUUUGGGGUUCGGGACCGCACCGGAUUGAUUACGGCCGUGAUGCUGAUGCACCUCCCAAGGAGGUUAUUGUUAGUAGGAAGUGUGCUGAGGCUGUUCUUCGCGGCGCGCAGGUGUAUGUUCCUGGUAUAGUGGCUUGCAGUGCUCAUGUUGAGGAAGGGGAUACAGUUGCAGUUUCAGUUGCUGUAGAGCAGCAGGGUAGUAGUGGGGGAUGGAGUGCUGGUAUGACGCGUGGUACUGUUCUCCAAGGAUCACAGACAGAUCCAUAUUAUACUGAACGAAGUGGGCUUUAUAUUGGCCAAGGGGUUGCAAUAUUGUCAAGGGCUGGAAUGUUCCGAGUUCCUCAAGGAGUUGGUGUGGAUAUGAAGGAUAGAGUAUAUGACCUUCCUUCUUUUCAUAGUGUGCUUGAGGGAGACAUAUUUCUUCAGAACCUACCAAGCAUUAUUGCUGCUCAUGCUUUAGAUCCCCAAAUGGGUGAGCGAAUACUAGACAUGUGUGCUGCACCUGGAGGGAAAACAACUGCAAUCGCAAUACUUAUGAAAGAUAAAGGAGAGGUCAUUGCAACUGAUAGAUCUCAUAACAAGGUGCUGGAUAUUCAGAAAUUGGCAGCUGAACUGGGCUUGAGUUGCAUAAAAGCAUUUAGAUUAGAUGCUGUUAAAUCUGUUUGCCAAAGAAAUGAUAUUGAUACUCUUACUGAUCCCUGCUGUAAUAAUGCAAACAAUGGUGUGGCAAGUCAAGAGUUUAGUUCGCCCCAUUUGCAAGUAGAAAGAAUGCAACCCCUUGUUACAGAAAGUCUAAAAACUGAGACUCAGGAGGAAAAUGAUAACGGUGAAAAGGCAAAUGGAAGAGCUUAUCAAAGCAAAGCUGACAUCCGGAAGAACAUGCGUAGAGCGAGAAAUGGACCUGGAAGAAAUCAGUCCGUUGGUGGUCAGGUUGAUAGUUCAAAAGGUUUUUCUCCUGGCAGUUUUGAUAGAGUUCUUCUUGAUGCUCCCUGUUCUGCCCUUGGUCUAAGGCCUCGAUUAUUUGCUGGAGAGGAAACAAUUGAAUCUUUAAGAAGCCAUGCAAAAUACCAGAGAAAGAUGUUUGACCAGGCUGUUCAAUUAGCUCGGCCAGGUGGAGUAAUAGUCUAUUCCACUUGUACGAUUAAUCCUGGUGAGAAUGAGGCGUUAGUUCGAUAUGCUUUGGAUAAAUACAAAUACCUGUCAUUGGCACCACAGCACCCAAGAAUUGGAGGACCUGGUCUAGUUGGUAGCUUUGAAUUUCCUGAUGGAUAUGUAGACGAGUGGUUACGACCUGGUGAGGAAGACCUUGUUCAAAGAUUUGAUCCAUCAUCUCCCCUUGAUACAAUUGGAUUUUUCAUUGCUAAAUUUGCUGUGGGGUCUAAAGACACCUGAUUGCUAUUCGUGAGAUCCUGAAUCUAUGUUUACGUUUAGAAUUGCCUCUGAAGGAAAGCCAUCUCAGUUUUUUUGCAAACUGGCUUUUGACUUCAGUCCAAAGAGCUUCACAAAUGUUCAUCCCAAAAUAUAUCAGUGAAUUAAGGAUGGGUAUGAUCGCUCAGUUUCAUUGUUUUAGGCAAUUCACUGGUAACUUUGGGUUCUACAUUAUGGAAGAAAGGGAAACUGUUGAGGGUGCUUUUUUUUUUCUGCACCCCAAAAUAUUUUGAUUGAGAUCAUGUUAUUUAUUGUAGCUCCCAUUUUAACGAAUGCACGGAUCAGAAUUCUACAUUAUGGUUGCUCUGUUUCAUUAUUUAUUGUCAUUUUUACA